UGGGACAGAAAUGGGCUACACUGUGUGGGGCCCAUAUAGUUUCAGUAUUGUGGGCCCAACAUGAAAAGACCAUGUGGGCUUUCCACAUUGAACCCACAUGACAUAAACAUGGCCGUACAUGAGUUGGACCUCAACAAGGAAAUGUAGAUCCUUUAGAUUUUUAUGUCAGUUAAUGGUACAAAACUGUGGAACAUCUUAAUAGACAAUGUGGUUAACCUGUAACUUUCAAACUUUUCACUAUAUGUCAAAGCAAAAGCUGCAAGAGCAAGAACAUAAAAAUUUGGAAAAGAAAUUACCCAAAAUAUCAGAUUGAUGGUCUUGCCAAGGCAAUUUGUACUCAGUUGAUAUAAAGUGUAGAAGCAAUUGCAUAAGCUUUUCUGUCUACAGAAGGAAAAGCUUUCCUUGGAUGGUUACCUCGUCUUGGAAGUCACCAAGGUGUAUUGUAUUUGAACCUAAAACAUGCUCACUAUGUGAUCUCUGUGUCUGGCUCAUUUACUAACACCGACAUGACACUACGCUUCCAAAAAGACCAGGAUAUUGCCAUUAAAAAAUAAUGCUUCAAAGCUUUAUUUUUUAAAACAGUUCAGUAUUGCUCUUACUACACUUUGAACCCCUAAUGGUUUUUCUUUUUAUUAUUUACACUAGAACAGUCCAGUUAAGUCUGGAUGUGAUUUUUGUGACAUAAUCCGUUUUAAAUAUGCACCAUAUGUAAUCUUCUGCUCACUCAAAAUUAGGUUCAGAUCUGGACUUUUCACCUUGCUUUUUUUAAUGCAAAGGGUUUAUUGCAGCUUUUUCACAACAGGAUUUAAUUCUUAUUUGGAGAAAUUGUUCAGAUCAGACCAUUGUGAAAAAUAUUACAAAAUGUUUAGAAAAUAAAUUUAAACAAAACUCAUUAUCUAGUGAGAAAGACUAAAAUUUUGAGAAUCUGUUUCAUAAAUCUGCAAACAUUUUCCAAGUUGUCAGCAUAAAUAAAAUGAAAUAAAAACUUAACAUUUCUAUUAAUGAUUCAUUUUAUAUAUUUUAAUCUGAUUGCAAUGAUCUUUUUAACCUUUUUAUUGCUCUAUUGCAGGAUGUCAAACUCCAGUCCUCAAGGGCAGGUGUGCUGCAGCGUAUAGAGGUGCCUCUCCUGCGCCACACCUGAAUAAAAUAAUUAGUUCAUUAAGGAGGAGGUCAUUAACCAAUUCAUUCCAGGGUUCUGUACAUGUGGCACACAGGACAUCUGGAGGACUGGAGUUUGACACUUGUGCUCUUGGCACCUUUGCCAAUAAAGAUUGGUGAAUUGAAGUAGGCAUUUUACACAUCCACUAAAGAAAAUAGUUCCAAAGAACAUUUUAAUAAGGAGGACGACAAUAUUUAUUUAUUUUUGUUUGAGCAAGUUUUUGAGUGUUACAUCGGUUUUAAAUUUGUUAAACCGAUGUAACACUCAAAAUUAAUCUUGUGUUUCUUGAAAAACGUAAAAUUAACUGCGGAUGGAUAUGCGGUUUCACACUCCAACGUAUUCUCCUCAUCAGUCCGUUUGCGCGGAAUCUGCAGGUUGACUGUCCUACGAAUCUACUUGAAGAGCACGAAACUGUGAAGAUCACCUAUCAACGAUUUGAAAAAGACUUAAAAAAAUGGAUUAUUAUUGUAGUUCUCGGACAAAAAGAAGACGAAUUAAAGCCAAAGUUUCUGAGCAUUUAAAGUUUUUGGAAGACUUCAAGGUCAAAAGUGGCACAUUUUCUGAUUUGGAUUAUGCUUCGGAAGUGGACAACCAGAUUUCCAGUGAAAAGUGGAACUUUGAAGCUCAUUUGAGUGAAAAAGAGACUGAUGCAGAAUUUGAAGAUGAACAUGAAGAACAAUCAGCUGCUGGAAGAAAAUUUACUGCCAGUAGCAUUGAAAUAGAUUUGAACAGCAUGUCUGAAGAAAUUGAUCGCACACGUACACUUAAAAUAAAGCUUGCUGAUUGGGCAGCAAAUCGAAAUAUCUCACACAGUGCAUUGACAGAGCUGCUACAUAUUUUAGUGCACUAUGGUUUGGAUUUACCCAAGGAUUCUAGAAGUCUUUUGUCAACUCCCAAAACCUUUGAAGUGAAAGAAAUGGGACAUGGUAUUUACCAUCAUUUUGGACUGGCUAAGACACUAACUUCACAGCUUUUAAAUGACUCUCAUCUUUCAGUUGAUACGUUGACUCUCCGGGUGAACAUUGAUGGCUUACCACUCUUCAAAAGUUCAAAAAUGGAGUUGUGGCCUAUUUUGGCCAUGAUUAAGGAAUUUCCAAAAUCUGGUGUGUUUAUCAUUGGCUUGUAUGCAGGUGUGGCCAAGCCUGACUCUGUCACAAAAUACUUGAAAGAGUUUAUUGAAGACCUGAAGACAGUAACUCAAGAGGGUUUGAAUUACAGAGGAAAACAUUUUAAUGUUGCACUUCCAGAUGCCUUCAUCUGUGAUGCACCUGCUCGGGCAUUUUUGAAAUGUAUCAAAGGUCAUUCUGGCUACAGCUCCUGUGAACGCUGUGUAGAGCAUGGAAUUUACAUGGAUAAGAAGGUUGUGUUUCCUGAUUGUACAGCACCUCUACGAACAGAUGAAACUUUUGACAGAUGACGAUCACCAUCAUGGAGUUUCACCCUUGCAGCAGCUUGGUGUAGGAAUGGUGUCGAGCUUUGUGCUUGACUAUAUGCAUCUGGUUUGUUUAGGACAUGUUAAAAAAGUUAUAAGUUUGUGGAUCAAAGGACCUUUAAGGUGUCGUCUGUCUGCAGUUACAAUUUCCAUUAUUUCUAAUCACUUGAAAUCAGUGAGAGAUCACCUUCCUAGAAAUUUCUCUAGAAAACCACGUUCACUGAUGGAGUACAGUCAAUGGAAGGCAACAGAAUUCAGACAAUUUCUGUUGUACACUGGCCCAGUGGUUCUUCAAGGACGACUAUCAGCACAAAUGUACAACAACUUUAUGUUGCUCUCAAUAGCAAUGACAAUUCUUCUCAGUCCUGUUUUGUGCUGUAAAUACUGUGACUAUGCUGGAAAACUGUUGAAGUGUUAUGUUACCAAUUUUGCGAAGUUGUAUGGAACAGAACACUUGGUCUACAACACCCACUGUCUCAUACAUUUAGCUGAUGAUGCCAGAAAAUAUGGUGCCUUGGACAAUGUUUCAUGUUUUCCCUUUGAAAAUUAUCUUGGGACAUUGAAGCGACUUGUACGAAGACCCCAAAACCCUCUCCAACAAGUCGUCCGGCGUUUAGCUGAAAAGCCCAUUCUGGGAGAAGAUGGAAGACAGAGUAAAGCUCAAGUUCCACAUUCAUGUGGUCCAACUCUCCCAGACUUUCCUGCUCGCAUGCAGUUCAGGCAGUACAGACAUGAGGGAACCGUCAUAUCAUGUUGUGUAGGAGAUAACUGUUUUGAUGUUGAGGGCAGAGUUGCUGUAAUAAGGAAUAUAAUACAGUUGUUAUCUGGAGCCAUGUACACUGUGUGUCAAUUUUAUGAACAACAAGACUGUUUCUGCAGAUACCCUAUUGAUUCAUCUUGUCUAGGAAUCAGAACUAUGACACAACUUUCAGACCGUCUUUAUGGUGUACCGGUGACAAGCCUGACAAAAAAACUGGUAGUCCUUCCUUUGCGGAACGGUCAUGUUGUUUUUCCUCAGUUACAUGACCAUUAAUUUACUUAAUAUGAACUUCCAGCAUGUCCUUCAGCGUUGUGGAAUUCAUUGAAGAAUCAACAGAGGGAAAGAAGUUGGUGGAUAUAAUCCCAUCAUGUUGGUUUACUGAUGCAAACAAGGCUCAGUGCUUCUGGCCAGCAGGCCUUAGUAUAAAUGUCACGAAAGCAGUGAAGCAACAACUACAGCCAG